UCACUUCAUUUCUUACACUAAAAGAAACCUUUGCAGGUGGAAAAAUUCCGGUGUUUGUCAUUUCGAUUCGGAAAUCCGUAAUAUUGAAAUGGAGAUCUCCUCUGUGGACCAGAGUGGCUCUCUUUUGGAUGAUCAGUGGAGGAUUACUUGGCUUAGGGCUCUCAAAAAUCGUCAUGCAGCCCUUCUGAGACAGAAAACUAUUUAUUGGGGUCAACGUGCUAAGAAUCUGUGGUUAUCGGGUGGUGACACAAAUUCGAGCUUCUUCCACAAAGCGGUCAAAAUUAGAAAUCACAAGAAUAAAAUCAAAAGCAUCAAAGAUAUUUCAGGUGCCAUGGGUGCUAUUCACGACUCGCCAAUUAAUGCCGAACUGGAUGCUAUCUGUCUGGCGCUCUCCAUCUGCAGAGAAAGAAACUGGAUCCCAGAUAGAAUCUACACGGAUUGCCCGGGUGCUGCAAGGAUGGUUCUCAACCCUCAUCCCUGCAUUGCUUGGCAGUCUGCUGGAAUAAUCUCAAAGCUGAAAAACAUCAUCCAGAACUUCCAACACACUUGCAUUUCAACCAUCCCAAGAGAAGAUAAUCUAAUCGCUGAUGAGCUGGCUGCAUUCGGCAGUCACAAUCCCCUUUUAUCACUCUUCUUCCGAGGCUUGGACCGUCCGAAUUGGUUAGAAGAGCUAUGCUCUUCUCUUCAUCUUUGUUUUUAAUUUCUCUUUGGUUUCUUCUCACCCAGCUUUUAGCUCUUGUAU